AUGUAUGGAUUAUUUUAUUUCUUUGCAACUGCUCUAAUAACAAUGUUUUCAUUCUUAUGCACAUUUUUCUUGUUGAGAUGUUUGAGCAGGGCACACAUUACUUUAUGGAGCCGAAAAAGGCUAAGAAAACGGACUGUCUUAAUUGGUGUAUGGAAUAUACAAGGAUUACAAAAUAAAGUAGGAGAAGUGAUUAAAGAAAUGGAGGCUAGAAAUCAAGAUAUUAUUAUACUCCCAGAAACUAAGAAAAAAGGACGAGGUAUUGAACGAAUAGGAUCUUAUACACAUUUCUAUAGUGGUGUCCCAAAAAAUCAAAGAGCAAAACGGGUGAUAUCGAUAUUGAUGAAAAACAAAUUCAAAAGAAUGGUCACAAACUGGGAACCUAUUGAUGAAAAUCUGAUUAAAAUUAAUAUUGAUAUUCAUGGAUACAAAAUUACUAUUAUAGGAGUAUAUGGAAUAAGCGAAGAUGAACCAAUUUGUAAAAAGGAUGAUUUCUAUAAUAAUUUAAAUGGAAUCAUAGAGGAUAUCGGGAAAACCAGGGAGAUUAUUAUUGCAGGGGAUUUUAACAGCAGAACUGGAAGUAAAAUUGGAAAUAAAAUUAUAGGACCAUUUGGAGAAAAUGUUAUAAAUGAUAAUGGAAAAAGCACUGAAGAAAAUCGAAAUUGUCCUAUAGAAAAUAUUCAAACAGAAAUCAAAAUUCCUAAAUAUAAUUUGAAUAGUUUUGAGAAUGAAAGCACAAUAUUUUUAUAUCAAAAGAGAUUAGAUGAAAAACUGGUAGAAACAGAGUUUGAUAAUACAGAAGAUCAAUAUCAUUAUAUUGUAAAUAAACUACAUGAAGCCACCAAGGAAGCUUUAGGAGAAACAGAAGAAACACGUACAAACCAUCCAUUAUACUACUGGAAUGAAGAAAUUAAAAAGGAAGUGAAAUUAAAGAAAGAAAAAUAUUUAAAAUGGUUAAAUACCAGAAAUCUUCAAGAUAAAAUAGAGCUUAAUGCACAACAAGCGAAAAUUAGGAAAAAGGUUGCAGAAGCAAAAAACAAAGUUUGGGAACAGGAAGAAUACUUGGGAAACCCUGAAUAUAAUGAAAUGAUAGAUCUACAAGCAGAGAAUUACAUCCGUUUGGAAAUAGAGACAGUAAAAACUGCAAUAAAAUCUUUAAAGAAUUGA